AUGAUGUUUAUCUUAUUGAUCAUCUUUCUUAUCAACAAUGGUCAAUCAUUCGAAUGGAAUUGUACUGUUAAUAAACACAGUCUUUUCUCCAAUGAUCAAACAACUGAACAGUGUACUAUUUUAAUUGAAUAUCUCUCAUUACAACAAGACAAACAAAUAUGCAUAACACAUACAUUAGCAGUAAGGAAUCUUCCAUUCUACUCCUUUCUGUCCAACUACACGAUGCGAACGUUUCAAGUAACUUCGUGUCAAUUGUUCACCUUAAGUCAACUGUCGUUUUCGUUACCAUCGUCAUUGGAAACUCUCGAUUUAAGCUCCAAUCUUUUAUCGACAUUCGUACUUUCGUAUCCUAUACCAUUAAAUUUAAAGUAUCUAUACCUCGAUUCGAAUCCAAAUCUGCGCUACAUGAAAUUCGGUCAUAACCAGCAGUUGAUCGGUCUCAGUCUCCGUCAUAAUCAGCAACUCCAACUCUCAUCUUUACCAAGAAAUUUAGCACAAUUAGACUUAACUAAUUGUAGUUUAGCGCAAUCAUCUUUAGUGUCAAUAGUGAAGUCUUUGAAGAGAUUAACUCAUUUAUCCUUAGUCGACAAUCAGCUAGAACGAUUGCCUGUACUUGAUAGAAGUAUAGAACUUGAAUAUUUAAAUCUGUCGAACAAUGCUUUAACGACAAUUGAUGAUCACUGGUUACAUAAAUCAUUACGAAUAUUAGAUUUGAGAUUUAAUCAAAUAAAAUCGUUGGAAUUUUGCAAGGAAAGAUUGAAAAUCAAUGAAACAGGUGGCGAGAGUCCACAUCAAUCUUCAAAUGUUAACACUCUUCAGUUGGUACUUUACGGUAAUCCUCUUGUAUGCGAUUGUUGGCUCAAUUCUUUAAUAAAUUCAACUGCUGUCAAUAUAACUGAUUUGUCAUAUCUUCAAUGCAAUUCUCGCUCAAUUUUACACGUUCCUUCUAGUGAUUUUCAAUGUUAUUAUACUCGACAUUGCGCAUCGGACUGUUCCUGUUGUGAUUUCGAAGCAUGCGAUUGUCAUUCUGUGUGUCCUUCCGAAUGUUUGUGCUCACACGAUACUCUUUGGUCGCAUCAUGUCGUCAAAUGUCGACAAAAGGAUUUGCUUCACGUUCAUUCCCUUCUACCAGAAACAAUCACUGAGCUGAGUUAUGAAGAAAACCACAUCGAACAAAUUAAACCGUUCGUCUUCGUUGGCAAAACAUUCUUGACAAAAGUAAACUUUGCGAAAAAUCAUAUCCGAAUUCUGGCCAAUGAAACAUUCUGUGCGGCGACGAAUCUCGAAGAAAUUAAUUUGAGUUAUAACUCAAAUCUCAUGCAAAUUUUACCAAACUUGAAUGAAUUGUUUGCAUGCUUGAAACAUUUACAAUAUGUUAUUCUAUCGAAUGAACAGGUUAAUGAUGGAGAAACGAUCAGUUUCGGAUGGAAAAUUGAGCAAAGUGAUGAUUUGAUUUAUGCGAUACGAACAACGGAACUAUCAACAACAGUACUAACAGAAGAUAUCGCACCAUCAACAACCAGUAUUCAGCCGAUUUCGGAAUCGAUUGCUGAUUCGUCAAAAUUCUUUUCGAUAUUUCAUCAGGAUUCCUAUACUGCCUCGAAUCUUAUUCAACACAAUCAAACCUUAAUCGUUAUCGUCUUUUUCCUACUCUUCUUUGUCCUACUCUUUCUACUAUUAUUGAUAUCAUUAGCGAUUUGUCGACGAAAGCUUCGUCAUCAUAUCACAACUGAACUUGAACGACAACGAGCACAACAUUAUUACUACCACACGACUCUUCAUCAACCGAUAAACAAAACACCAGAAAGUCUUCCAGUGAAUGAUAGUCUCUAUGAACAAUUACCCUCACUAUCGUCCGAUAGUGAGCAACCUUUUUUAUACAACGACAAGAAAUUGAUGAAUGCGAACGCACCAGCUCUACCGCCGUAUCCACCAUCGUUUCGUCAUUAUCAUUGUUGUCAUUCUGGCAACGCCCAUGAAUAUCUCUCGACGAUGAAAGGUUAUUCAUCGCCCAAUCUACAACAGCAACAUCAAGCGUGUCAAGCAGUGCUGAUUGUCGGCAGUCAAUUAAUUUAUCCGAACCAUCAAGAAUGUAUAUCGGAACUACAGCAAAAUUUACUUCUAAAUCAAUCAGAAAAUAAUCCAAUUCACUAUUGUAAUAAUGAACCAGUUUUUGUUCCUACGACUCUUUGUCGAUGUCAGAGUCAAAUGAAACAAUCUGACACUUAUGUUUGUCCUAAUAUUUAG